CAGAAGGAAGCAGGGGGAGGGAGAGAGAAAAGGGAAGAGAGGGGGUGAGAGAGAACCGACACUUCUCUGCGCGCGCACGCGCACGGGGCUCCGUCAGCUGAGAGGGAAACGGCCGACGCGGGCGCGCACCCCCCUUUCUGUCAGAUGCUGUGAAGGGAAGGGGCGAGGCGCGGGCACGCGCGGCUGGAAUCUUCGGGGAGGGGGCGGCGGCUCGCGUGCGCGCCCGCGCUCUGCGGGGCCCGGCGGCGUCUCCUCCGCCCGCCUUUCCGCUCGGGUCCAGGCUGAGACUGGUCCCUUUGUUCGUUCACUUGUCCUACAUCCAAAUCUCCUACUCUUGAAAACAAGUAUGUUGAAUACGGUUGUAGGUUUAGGCCUUUGCUGUGAAGAUUCAAACAGUUGAAAAACACUUCAUGAAACAACACUAGCAAUGUUUCUGGAUUAUAUAUCAAAGAGUUGUAUCUUCAUAUGGUACAAAAUAUUAACCAUAGACAACUUUUAAUAAUGUAAUCAUCAUGUGAAGAAGGGGACCUUUUGGAUCUGCCUGAUCCAAAAAAAUUUGCAGGUUUUUCUGCUGGAACCGACAAACUUAGUCUUUUGAUAACCUUAAGCGAAGAUAACUAGCAAAAUGCCUCCAAGACCAUCAUCUGGUGAAUUGUGGGGCAUCCACUUGAUGCCCCCUAGAAUCCUAGUGGAAUGUCUUCUACCUAACGGUAUGAUCGUGACUUUAGAAUGCCUCCGUGAGGCCACAUUGUUAAAUAUUAAACAUGAACUCUUUAAAGAAGCUAGAAAGUAUCCUCUCUACCAGCUCCUUCAAGAUGAGUCAUCUUACAUUUUCGUAAGUGUUACCCAAGAAGCAGAAAGAGAAGAAUUUUUCGAUGAAACUCGGAGACUAUGUGACCUACGGCUCUUUCAGCCUUUUCUAAAAGUCAUAGAACCAGUAGGCAACAGAGAAGAGAAAAUUCUGAAUCGUGAAAUUGGUUUUGCUAUUGGCAUGCCUGUCUGUGAAUUUGACUUGGUUAAAGAUCCGGAAGUUCAGGACUUCAGAAGAAAUAUUCUCAAUGUCUGUAAAGAAGCAGUUGAUCUUCGAGAUGCUAAUGCACCCCAUAGUAGAGCAUUAUAUGUCUGCCCCCCCAACAUAGAAUCGUCGCCCGAAUUGCCCAAGCAUAUAUACAAUAAACUAGAUAAAGGGCAAAUAAUAGUAGUAAUCUGGGUAAUAGUCUCUCCUAAUAAUGACAAGCAGAAAUACACCUUAAAAAUCAAUCAUGACUAUGUGCCAGAGCAAGUAAUCGCAGAAGCAAUCAGGAAAAAAACUCGAAGCAUGUUACUAUCAUCGGAACAGCUAAAGUUAUGUGUUUUGGAGUAUCAAGGAAAGUAUAUUUUAAAAGUAUGUGGUUGUGAUGAAUACUUGCUAGAAAAACAUCCCCUCAGUCAGUAUAAGUACAUCCGAAGUUGUAUCAUGCUUGGUCGAAUGCCCAACCUCAUGCUGAUGGCAAAGGAAAGUCUUUACACUCAGCUGCCAUUGGAUAACUUUACGAUGCCAUCUUAUUCCAGGCGCAUCUCUACAGCUACGCCAUACAUGAAUGGUGAAGCUUCAGCCAAAUCUCUCUGGGUUAUUAACAGUAAUCUCAGAAUAAGAAUCCUCUGUGCUACCUAUGUAAAUGUAAAUAUUCGUGAUAUUGACAAGAUCUAUGUCCGAACUGGUAUUUACCAUGGAGGAGAACCAUUGUGUGAUAAUGUGAAUACUCAGCGAGUACCUUGCUCCAAUCCCAGAUGGAAUGAAUGGCUGCAGUAUGAAAUGCAUAUUCUUGAUCUUCCACGUGCUGCUCGGCUUUGUCUUUCUAUCUGCUCAGUUAAGGGGAGAAAGGGUGCGAAGGAGGAGCACUGCCCAUUGGCGUGGGGGAAUAUUAAUAUGUUUGAUUACACAGACACUCUUGUUUCUGGCAAAAUGGCUUUGAAUUUGUGGCCUGUACCUCAUGGUCUGGAAGACCUGCUAAAUCCCAUUGGAGUCACCGGAUCAAAUCCAAAUAAGGAAACUCCCUGUUUAGAGCUGGAAUUUGAUUGGUUUAGCAGUCCUGUAAAGUUCCCUGACAUGUCAGUGAUUGAAGAACAUGCUAAUUGGACUAUCUCUCGAGAACUAGGGUAUAACUACAGUCCUGCUGGGCAGAGCAGUAGAAUAGCUAGAGACAACGAACUAAGCGAAAGUGACAAAGAGCAGCUCCAUGCAAUUUGCACUCGAGAUCCCUUGUCUGAAAUAACUGAACAGGAAAAGGAUUUCCUUUGGAGACACAGGCAUUAUUGUUUAAAUACACCAGAAAUUCUGCCUAAGCUCCUUUUGUCUGUUAAGUGGAACUCUAGAGAUGAAGUAGCCCAGAUGUACUGCUUGAUCAAAGACUGGCCUGCCAUCAAACCCGAACUGGCAAUGGAACUUUUGGACUGCAACUACCCUGACCGGAUGGUGCGCGCUUUUGCAGUGCGGUGUCUGGAAAUAUACUUGACAGAUGACAAGCUGUCUCAGUAUUUGAUUCAGCUGGUGCAGGUUCUAAAAUAUGAGCAGUACUUGGAUAAUCUGUUGGUAAGAUUUUUACUGAAGAAGGCACUGACCAAUCAGAGAAUAGGACAUUUCUUCUUUUGGCAUCUAAAGUCUGAAAUGCACAAUAAAAAUGUGAGCCAGAGGUUUGGCCUGCUUUUGGAAUCCUAUUGCCGAGCAUGUGGGAUGUACCUAAAACAUCUGAGCAGGCAGGUAGAAGCUAUGGAAAAACUGAUUAACCUCACAGACAUCCUCAAACAGGAGAAAAAGGAUGAAACGCAAAAGGUACAGAUGAAGUUCCUUGUGGAGCAAAUGAGGCGGCCAGACUUCAUGGAUGCAUUGCAAGGUUUUAUAUCUCCUCUCAAUCCUGCUCAUCAGCUUGGAACUCUUAGGCUCGAGGAGUGCAGGAUUAUGUCAUCUGCAAAAAGGCCACUGUGGCUUAAUUGGGAAAACCCAGAUAUUAUGUCUGAGCUGCUAUUUCAGAACAAUGAGAUCAUCUUCAAAAACGGGGAUGAUCUGCGCCAGGAUAUGCUCACACUUCAGAUCAUUCGAAUUAUGGAAAACAUCUGGCAAAAUCAAGGCCUUGAUCUCAGGAUGCUUCCUUAUGGUUGUUUAUCUAUUGGUGACUGUGUGGGACUCAUUGAGGUUGUGAGAAAUUCACACACAAUCAUGCAAAUCCAGUGCAAAGGUGGCCUUAAAGGCGCACUGCAGUUCAACAGUCAUGCAUUACAUCAGUGGCUCAAAGACAAGAACAAAGGAGAAAUGUAUGAUGCAGCUAUUGAUUUGUUUACACGCUCUUGUGCUGGUUAUUGCGUAGCGACUUUCAUACUGGGAAUUGGCGAUCGCCACAAUAGCAAUAUCAUGGUGAAAGAUGACGGGCAGCUGUUUCACAUAGAUUUUGGACAUUUCUUGGAUCACAAGAAAAAGAAGUUUGGAUACAAACGUGAGCGGGUCCCCUUUGUCUUAACGCAAGAUUUCUUGAUAGUGAUUAGUAAAGGAGCCCAAGAAUGUACUAAAACUAGGGAAUUUGAAAGGUUUCAAGAAAUGUGUUACAAGGCUUAUUUAGCAAUCCGGCAGCAUGCCAAUCUCUUCAUAAACCUCUUCUCCAUGAUGCUUGGUUCAGGAAUGCCAGAGCUACAGUCUUUUGAUGACAUUGCAUAUAUUCGGAAGACACUUGCAUUGGACAAAACAGAGCAGGAAGCACUUGAGUAUUUCAUGAAGCAGAUGAACGAUGCUCAUCAUGGCGGAUGGACGACAAAAAUGGACUGGAUCUUCCAUACAAUCAAGCAACAUGCUUUGAACUGAAACCAUGGUCAAGAUAUGGCAAACCAAUGGCCCGAUUUGUGGGCAUCCCACUGCACUGUUGACUGUUGGCAGUAAUGACUUCAUUGCAACCUAAUUGCACAAACCACAAGCAGCAUUUUGAACUUGCAACAAGAUUAAACACUCGAAACUAUUUAAAUAUGUAAACAGGGUUUCAGAACACUACAAAUUGUGCAUUUCAAAAGAUAACUUUCCUACAUGUACAGUCAUAUUAUGCCUUAAGUCCAGAAAGGUAAACUUCGGAGAUUUGUUUAUCUUGGUUUUGUUUAGUUAGGAAAACUGUGCCAGCAUUAAAACCAGUCUUUCAUAUGUUCCAGUUGGCCUGGUGAGAUUCAGACUCAUGGGGGUUGCAAAAGAUUAAAAGGAGGAGAUUUCCUCUCCCUUGUGCCCAGUAAAUUUGAAGAGAUGGUGCCUUUUAUGUCAGAUGCAGUUGGUGAAUUGAAAAGUAACAAUCUGAUCUAUUUUUGACUAACCAUCUGCAGUUCACACAAGUCCUUAGGAAUAGGUCUUAAGAUUCUGCUGGACAGUAUUAGUAAGGUUAAAAUGAUUACCUUUCCCCAUUGCCUCAGAAGUCUGGUUAAUGGGGAGAGUUGGGUUUAGUGCAACAUUUAGGAUUUGAUUUUUUUUUCUAACCUAAACUUCAAUACACUUUUUUCAUGCAUGUUUUCCAGAGCCUAAAAAAGAGGUGAGUUAUUAGAAUUAAAGAUUAUUUUUAUAAAGGUUAUUUAUAUAACAGAAACUAUUAAUAUAUUUCUUUACGUUGAUUUGUCCAGUUUUCUGUCCUUUAAUUCUUCAGACCACUUCUCUCUGACAGUCUGACCGUGUGAGCCACUGAGUUGAUGCAGUGACCUACAGGAUAAGACUGAAGGGUUCUGGUGCCAGCCCAAAGUGGAUAUGUUGUUCACCUGCAUGGAGGCCUUACCCUUAGCAUCACUGCAGGCACAGGUGUACCACAGCCCCUGCAUGCCGCACUUGCCCACACAAGGGGAUUGCUUGGCUCUGGCAAGGGAAGUUAUUAGGAGCUUUUCAAUGGUAAGGUGGGUAGAGCCUCACUUUCCAUAUUUUAAGAUGCCUUUUGAAUUGCCGCAGCACAAACUUCUGUUCCUGCUGCUCCAACUAAAGUGGCAUCUUAGGGUCACCGGUUGCUGUCCUAAUUCAUUUGCUUGGAAGAAGGUUCUGUUGAAAUCAAUGGGGCUUGAUUUCAAGGAAAUGCACGUUAAGAUCAGUGUUGGACUCCAUUGUCUAUAGCAAGGGUUCUUCAGUUUUGAUAGUAAGCUUGUCCAAGUCAAGCAACAAGCAAAGAUUGACUUGGCAGGAGAUCACUGGCAAUUGUUGGCAAGGGACCAGAAAGAACAAUGGAAAUACACAGAAGUUAGAGCAAGUAAACUGUAUUUCAGGGGGGAACACUAGGAAGGCAAAACUCUCUGGCAAAAAGGAAAGCGAUCUUUGGAUGGUGUUCAGUACUCUCAACUGGUGCAACUGGUAGGAAGACAUAUGGUACAUUGGAUAGAUUGGAUUAUGAGUGUAUGAGGAGGGGAAGUAGUUGUGAACUCUGCCUCCUGGCCCACUAGUCACAUACACACCAGAAAUUAAAGCGAGCUAUUGAAGAGUUUGUGCUUCCACUGGUAACUUCGUGUACCUUCCCAGGAAGCCUGCUUAACUUCCUAAAUACUAACUAAUACUUCAUAUACCAGCUCUUUGUGUUUAGAGUGGAAUGAGGUUCUGCAGGUCUUCCUCUAAACAGUCUCAGGCAAUAUUCUAUAAAUGAAAUUCUGAGUAUUUUGUUAAUUCUCAGCUUUGGAGUCUACCUUUUUUCUUGGCCUUCUUCCUUGGACUGUUAGAAAGUGAUUUGAUUAAUCACAGUAACCAAGAAACUAGACAGUAACUGUAUUUUCAAUUUGAUCACUGAAUAGUCCUUUGUACUGCAAAAUACACAAUUAUUCCUAGCAUGCAGAGCUAACCAGCUGAUAUUUUAUAGUUAUGUGUGUGUAUGUGUGUGCGUGCGUGUGAGUGUGUGUACAUAUAUAUCUGUAUAUCUGUCUUUUAUAACAUGAAACUAGUUCAAUUGGCACCAAUCAGAUUGCGAACUGAACAGAACUGCUGGUAGAACUUAUUUAAAAAGAAAAUUUAUAGUGUUGGCUACUUUAAGCCCCAUAUAGAAUACCGUUUUCUCCACACUGAAUGCUGGUAGUCUUAUUUGGCUGAUAGAAUUUGAAAGAUGCGCCUGAAGGCUGGUUAAUUGUGUGCCCUUGACUUUUCUGUCCCACAAACCUUGGCGUCGUUCAGAGUACAAUACCAGUUUGAGUAUAAUGUGCUGACAUUAGGUAUUAGACUUUGAUAUUAUAAAUAAACUUAUGUAGACUGUAAAUGAAUGAAAGGUAAAUUUCUUGAGCAAGCAGUCCGUUGUUGUGUAAUUUGAAAGGGGGGGAUAGAAAAUGUCGAGUUGAGCGUUUUUAUUUUAAUGUUCAUAGCUUUAGGGUUAUGUAGGUAACAUGAGUGAAUUGUUGGCAGCUACAAAGGCCCUGAUUGUGAAGCAAGAAAUAAUAAUAGUAAUAACAUUUGAUUUAUAUACUGCCCUUCAGGACAACUUAACACCCGCUCAGAGCGGUUUACAAAGUAUGCUAUUAUUAUCCCCACAACAAGCUGUGACACACCCGAAGUCACCCAGCUGGCUUUAAGUGGAGUGGGGAAUCAAACCUGGCUCUACAGAUUAGAGUCCUGCUUUCUUAACCACCACUACAUCAAACUGGCUGGGGCACAGUCCAUUAGACUGUUUGCAGUGAAGCCCUCUCAGUGUCUGUGCAGACAGUGCCAUGGUGUCUUGUAGUACAGAAGCCUGCUGUGGGCGUGGUGAUAAAGGGAGGGGGUUGUCACCUCUGCACAGCCUUCUGGAAUUCACAUCCCAUUCUUCAGGUUUAGAUAUUUUCAUUCCAUUAAAUGACCAAGAUCCAGAGACCGAUGCAGUGGGUAGCAUGCUCUCGUGGGGUUCUCAAACGUCAGCCUUCUGUGCUUCGUUGUGGGCCAUUUUCAAAACAGAGGACAGUUUCAAAUAAACAGUUUGUACUACGGAAUUUGGAGGGAUGGGGAGAUACUGUUCAAAUGAAAAAAAAAAAAAAUUAAAACCCUUGGGCAGACCUAAAGUGACUCUUUGGAUCCUGACCAAUGCCUCCACUGCAAGCUUUUCAGAAGCCAUCUCUGAGCACGUGUAACAUCAGGCUCCUGCUGGGAUAUAGUUUUGCAGUUGGUGGGGGGGGGGCACGGUCCAUUAGACUGGCUGCGGUGAGGCCCCAUUUAAACAUGAAGCUGACAUGACAAAAUGUUUCCCCAUGAGAACUGGCCACAAGAUCAAGGCAACCCAGGCCAGGCAGCUACGUGUGCGUGCCAGAGAUCUGAAGCCUUUGUGGAUAUUGUGCUGGUGUACAAGCUUAAGCACAUGUAGCUCCUUUGCGUGGGUUAUAUCCCAGUUGAAAUGAGACGCUGUGCAAAUGCAAAUUACGAAGAGGGCUUCUGCCUUGUCAGCACCAAGUUUAAAUUGGGCUUGAGACUUUCCCAAACAUACCCUUUUCCAGAAAUUGUGGUAAAUACUCUAAACGGUUCUUUGUCGAACCAAGUCAGCGAUUGUAAACUGUUUUACUGUGAGAUUACCAGUUUCUUUUGUUUAUGAACUAAGGCUUCAGUGGUUGCAGCUCUUUGAUAUUUUUAUUUUAUUGUAAAUGUUUUUACAUAUAGAACAAAUAAAAACAUACAUCACAAGAAUGGUAGCAAGUCUACGCAUAGGCUUCUAUGAAAGGUCUCCAAAUAUCUAAAAAGUCCAUACACAACUGUCAUCUACAUGUCGUAUGUUCGUAUAUUGAUAAGGUUGUAAAGUACUCAAUCCAUUGAAUUAUGGGAGGUGGGCAUUUAUCUCUCUGGAGCUGUAAUGUCAGUCUUUUAGCUAUGCUACAGUAAGGGCCUGGACGGUUCAUUUUUGCUGACCACUGAUUGGGCUCCAGGAGACAGGCCAACCAUUACAGAUAACUGAAGCUUUAAAAGGUCAACUAGAAAUCUGCCAUGUUACAGAUGCCUGUAGCUUCAAUUUCACAUGAGUUUUCAUUGUAUUGGGUGGUGUGCCAUUAAGCACUAUUGCAAGGCUUCUAAGGAAAUUACCACAGCCCAGUUCCUAAAUCUGUGAUGCUGCCAUACGGCAAAUGCUUGGUAGGAGGCGGGGACAUUGCACAGGGCUAGUACGUCUACUGAAACUUUUUUUAUCAGGUUGAUGUAGUUGUGACAGUACACAAGUGUUGCUUGUAGAUAUAAUGGUACAGGCAUUCAAGAUUAGGGGUUUAGUAACUAUUAUCACAUUUUAUUCUUUAAACUCCUUGGGCUGUAUCCUGUGGUCAUCUGCCAUAAGAAGACAGUUCCAUUGGCAGCAGGAGAGUGACAUUUUCGCUCAACCACUGUAUAUCACCACACACUGUGUCCAAGUAGUGUCCCUAGGGGUCCCCUGACCCCAGGUGUAUCAUGUAAGGGAGGAGUAAUGGUAGCGGGGAGAGGCAGGAAAAUUCAAUUCCUACAGCACCUGUAGUUCUUAUUGGGGUACAACUCACUGGGUUAGAUCCAGACUAAAUUACUAACAGAAAAGGUGGGGGUAAUUUCCACUAACUCUCCCUUCCUGCUGCAGACCCCCCCCCCAACUUGCCUCUCAUGCUGUUUCUGAGGGGCCCUCAGGAGUAGCAUUUUGGGGAGAUCAGGCAGCAGCAAAAAGGAAGAGGCAGGAAAGUUCCGUUGACGGAAGCGCCUUGCGUGAAUGGAAAACAUACUCUGAAUCCAACCCAUUGUCGGCAGCUAGAUUUUCUGGAGGGCUGUUUUGCUGCUCUACAGGCAAAAGGCAAAUUUCACUGCCACAGAUAAUAUUUUCAUUAUAUUUUGCUUGACCCUGGGCUGGCGAGUGGAGGGCCAGUUAAGUAUCCCUGAAAGUGGGGGGUUUGGCCCAAGGGUUUGUGGUUGGUGACCCAUGCUUUACAACUGUGAAAUUAUAUUUGUUUGAGGUGAUGAAAGUAACAGCUGGUAAUGUACUUUUAUACUUUUUUUGCUUAUUUCUUUUAAAGGCAGAUGCUUUUACUGGCACUAUUUUGUUUUAUUACAUGGAGUAUAGCCUAAGCAGGUGUGUGGAGGAGGGAGCUUUGAAAGCAUUUUAGUCACAUCAAAAUUAAGCGACUGAGUGUUGUGUGGAAAAGACCACCCAGAUAUUUAAAGGGCAUGAAUGCAAAAUAGCUGCAUAUACGUCACUUUGGAUAGGAUUAUAUUUCUCUCGGUUUUUACUCUAGUUUUCUGAAUGGAGAACCAUGUAAAAUCUAAUAGUGAUCAAUUAAUGACCACUAACAUUGUAGACGUUGUCUCUCUUCUUAUUUUAAAACAUGCAUGUUCAGUGUUUGUGCUCUGUACUUCUGUUUUCAUGUCUGUACAGGCUACAGACCAGGGCUGGCCCCCCCCCACCUUUCCCCCAGCAAAAACACAAGGAAAACAUUUUUAUGUAUGUUGAUGUCCAAGAUCCUUUUUAAAAUGCUUUGAAGGAAGUGGUGUGGUUGUUAGAGGGAAUUGUGCUGUGCUGCUUCUAAAAGAUUUUUCAAACCUUCCAGUUUUAACUUCAAAAAAAAAAAAAUGAAGAAUCGCACAUUAAAAAUAUCAGAUGGGUCUGUUUAAGUCUAA